UUGCAUUGGGUCAUGUGGGAGAUUCCCAUGUCACUGUAGAAUGAAACAUAAUAUUUUUCUCCAGCCUCGGGAUCAGAUGUUUCACAUUGUAGCGCCACUCGCAGAUAACAGAUCGGGUGUAAUGAGCUCCCGCUCCGCCUGACUGUGCCACACACGGCGCUAACCCUGCUAACGUUAGCAGCAAUUACGCCUGACAUGUACAACUUUUAAAUGGUUAAUGUUAUUGUAUGUUCCUCAGGUGAAAUUUUAGUAUAUAUUCGUUCACAUUUGGAAAUUAAGUACAUUUGAAUUUAAGUAUCGAUUUGUUAAAGUUUUUUCCUUGUUUGUGUUUGGGUUAGCGAGCUACCAUUGGCUAACUAGCAGAAGAGCUAAGUAUUUGAUUAGCGUUAGCCCUAAUCGCGACUUUGUCGGUGUUCUUCAAAUGAAUGAUUACAAAUGAAAAUGCUUGUGUGUGUAAACUAGGUUGUUAAGCCUGACUGACACAAAUUACAUCAUACCCUGUGGGAGAAAUUCAGUUCCUUUCACUUGAGGCGCUUCACAUCACUUGGAUCUGAUCUUCUGUCCCAGGUUAAGACUGCGUAGUCUAUGGCGCUGAUGGACAAACACAAACAGGUCAAGCGGCAAAGACUUGAUCGUAUUUGUGAGGGUAUCAGACCCCCCAUCCUGAACGGGCCAAUGCACCCCCGGCCCCUGGUAGCUCUGCUGGAUGGGCGCGACUGUACUGUGGAAAUGCCCAUUCUUAAAGAUGUGGCAACAGUGGCUUUCUGCGACGCCCAGUCCACACAAGAAAUUCAUGAGAAGGUGUUAAACGAGGCAGUCGCUGCCCUUCUCUACCAUACCAUCACUUUGUCCCGAGACGAUUUGGAAAAGUUCAAAGGCCUGCGUGUAAUUGUCCGGAUUGGCUCAGGUUUUGACAACGUUGAUGUUAAAGCUGCCGCUGAACUCGGUAUUGCUGUCUGUAACGUGCCAGCAGCUUCGGUGGAGGAAACAGCCGACACUUCGCUAUGUCUCAUCCUCAACCUCUACAGGCGAGUCACCUGGAUGCACCAGGCCCUCAGAGAGGGAACUCGGGCCUCAAGCGUGGAGCAGAUUAGGGAGGUGGCAGGAGGUGCCGCUCGUAUUCGUGGAGAGACGCUGGGAAUUAUUGGCCUUGGGCGUGUUGGCCAGGCUGUGGCCCUCCGGGCAAAGGCAUUUGGGUUUGGUGUGAUCUUCUAUGACCCAUACUUACCGGAUGGUGUGGAGCGUUCACUAGGCCUCCAGCGCAUGGCCACGCUGCAGGACCUGCUCAUUCACUCAGACUGUGUCUCUCUGCACUGCAGCCUCAAUGAGCACAACCACCAUCUCAUCAAUGACUUCACCAUAAAACAAAUGCGUCAGGGAGCUUUCCUUGUAAACACAUCAAGAGGCGGCCUGGUUGACGAGAAAGCGCUGGCUCAGGCCCUCAAAGAAGGACGGAUACGAGGGGCCGCCCUCGAUGUUCACGAGACAGAACCCUUCAGCUUUUCAACAGGACCUCUGAAGGACGCCCCCAACCUGAUCUGUACCCCGCACACAUCCUGGUACAGUGAGCAGGCAUCUAUGGAGGCACGUGAGGAGGCAGCCAGAGAGGUUAGGCGUGCCAUAACAGGGCGAAUCCCUGACAGCCUGAAAAACUGUGUGAAUAAGGAGUAUCUCAUGGCAGCCUCUCAGUGGCCCAGUAUGGAAGCAGCCACUGUCCCUCCGGAGCUCAAUGGAGCCACAUACAGAUUCCCCCCCGGUCUGAUCAGUGUUGCAGCAGGGGGUCUCCCUGGGGCAGGCGCAGGGGUAGAAAGCAUGGUUUCUGGCUCUCUGCCCCAUGGCAUCGCCCCCGUCUCUCACCCUCCUCAUGCCCCCUCUCCGGGGCAGCCCAUUAAAGCUGAAGCCGACAGAGACAUACCCUCUGAUCAAUAGCCCCACCUGCCACUGCCAGCACAUUCCAUCACCUAUGGAACCCCCCAGUCUCCCACCUUCCAACAUCAGACACAGUCCCCCCGACUCCCUGGUUUAUCAGGCAGCAGCAGUUUGACCUGAUGUGGAUUUACAGUCUUGUUUUUCAGAUCACACAACCAGCCCAGGAGAUACAUCCCGUGCCCCCUUCAUCUGACCCACAACCCAUCAGAACACACACCCAGCAACACACACACUACCCAAACUUCCUCCUCCCUUCCUCCCUCCACUGUCUCACAACAUCAGCAAUAACUCUGCUCUCAAGGAUUCAGUGAUUGGCUUAUUUCCUGAGUUGGAUUUGUUUUAAUGGAAAUUUGAUCUUUUGUGGUUCUAGAUGUUAAUGUUUUGUUUGUAAAGAGGAAAAAAAAGCAUUUCUGACCUGAGGCCUGUCGGCCUCCUGCCUCUGUUUGUCCUUCUACGACUGUGACUAUGAGGUGCAGCGGCAGAAAAGUUUGAAGCCCUUUUUGUACAUUAACGACUCAUGUUACUGCUUACACUUUCUUCUUCUUUUUUUUUUUCCCUCUGUCCUCUCCUCUCUCCUUUUAGCAGCACACAUCAUGACUAGUACGUCCUAACCUUUUGUCCUCAUUAUGUCUUUAACAACACCUUCGGUCCAGGUUGGCUUUAAGUGUUACCCCCGGCAGGUAGCUUGCUCAGCAGAGAGAUCCGUAGUGAUGGCAGUUUGAAGAUUUCAGAAGUUGAUGAUGGAGUGAGACAAUAGAUCCUUUAUUUUGUUCUGCUGUGGUUGGCCAGAUUUAUAUGAUCACCACUGUUUUUGUUUUGUUUUGUUUUUUGACACAAUUUACCUUGUGGGUUAUGUGGGAAAUAAAAUUCGAAACAUCGCGUCACAGAUCAUACAUUUCUACUUUCCCAGAGCCACAGUGCUUUUUUUUUGGUCUUUACACAUUGUCCACACUGUACCUCGCUACGUCACGGCCAUUCUGCACCAGCAGAGGGCACUGUCUACCUGCUUUAGAGCUGAACACAGUAAGAUACAGGUUUAACCGUUCAGCUUUUGGAGCAGGGGCAGAAACACACCACACUGCCAACAACACGGUCUCAUUUCACCAACCACAACCACCGUGACUCUGCACCCACUCAAACUCUCAUCCCGCUCUUCACUAUCAUGAACUUCAUCUACCAACUCCUGUAAGCAGAAUAAGACAGUAAACCACCCUUUAGGAGCGAAGGGACAGUGUUUCUGUCUUCUGGCGUUAUUGAGAAAAGUGUUGUGUGUGUGUGUACGUGCAUGAGCUGGUUGGUUUAUGCUUUCUAUUUCCCCCCAUCUUCUCUGCUAUGAUAACAGCAGUUGUCUUUCCAAAGGAAUAAGUCCCUGGGAGUAACUCUUUAACGCUGUUACCCUGGUGUCAAGGGAACACCUUUCUAGUACCUCAGUAACAGAUAUUGAAUGUACCGUGCAUACCCUUAUAUUUUUUUGUACAGAUUUUUUCUAGAUACGUCUUUACUAUUCUUUACCAGAAGGGUUGUGAAAUUGUAGCAGCGAUUCCAUUACAUUAAAAGUUGCCCCAUUGAAUAUUGAUUUAAAAAAAAAAAAU